AUGAGUUCCCACCAGCAGAAGCAGCCCUGCAUCCCACCCCCUCAGCUGCAGGAGCAGCAGGUGAAACAGCCCUGCCAGCCUCCACCCCAAGAACCAUGUGCUCCCAAAACCAAGGAGCCAUGCCACACCAAGGUUCCUGAGCCCUGCCCCUCCAAGGUGCCUGAGCCUUGCCACCCCAAGGUGCCUGAGCCCUGCCACCCCAAGGUGCCUGAACCAUGCCAACCCAAGGUGCCUGAGCCAUGCCAACCCAAGGUGCCUGAGCCAUGCCAACCCAAGGUGCCUGAGCCAUGCCAACCCAAGGUGCCUGAGCCAUGCCAACCCAAGGUGCCUGAGCCAUGCCAAUCCAAGGUGCCUGAGCCAUCUCAGCAGAAGACCAAGCAGAAGUAA